AUGGAUCGAUUGCCGUGCGAAUUAUUACAACACAUCCUUCAGUACAUUGAUCAACCGUUAGAUCUUUCGCGAAUGUUUUAUGCCUGUAAUCGUUGGCGGUGUUUGAUUAUGAAUGAUGAAUAUUUUCUCAAUCAAUGGUUUUCUCGAUCAUUGAAACGCUCGAUAGAAUCAUCUCAUUAUACCUGCUUUGGUAACCCGACCAAUUGGAAACAAGAAGCGAUAUUAGAUAUGGAUAAAUCAUUCUUUCCUAUCAAUCUUCAAUCAAGUAAAUGUUACUUUCUACCUAUGAGUGUUUCAAGGCAUUCAUUUCAUAAUGAAUAUCCAUUUAAACAUUGUUAUUCUUCAUCACUCUUUAACUCAUCUCAUUCUAUCUCCUUCUGGCUCUUCUUACCUAGUCAAUGUGAAUUAAAUAUGCAAAUUGGAAGUUUUAACGUCAAGAGCCUAGUUAUCGUACUCUGUGGUAACAAAAAAUAUCAUUUCGAUAAUAGAAAAUACGUAUCGAUUGCUGAUCGAUGGAUUUGUAUUAUUUUGACUAAAAUUGGUUUAUGGUCAAAUUAUCAAAUAUGUAUCGAUGGACAAUAUGUUUCAAAAGUCAAGCAAUAUUCUAAAUUCUUCAAUAAUAUGGAUGAGACAGACUCUUGGAUUAAUAUUUCAAUAUUAUACAAAUUUCACAGUAGUCCAAUAGGACCACCUAACCAAGUUCGUUUAGCCGAUCUCAAUACUUUUAAACGGUGUUUGACACUUGCCGAAAUUCGAGCUAUUCAUCAACAACAAGCAUUAAUCGAACAAACAAAAGUCGGUACUUAUAUUAAUAGCAACAAAAAAUACACAAUAUGA